CAAUUACCCACUUUAGGAAAGCCACGUACCUUGCACUAGACGCAGUGCACUCAGGAUUUAAUUACAACUGAUAACAAGGAAAAUGGAAGCGAAACACAACAAGUUGGAUACUUCUUGCAGUGUGCAUUGGACUCUCACUGAUACCUUCCAAUUGUAUCCAAGAGCCUGGAGAAGAAUACGAAGAUCAAAAAGCGGAACCAUCGAAUCAGUACAUUGGACGUGUACAGUUGAAAGUUUUCAGAGGUCCAACAAGCCCAGAUGGAAGUUGGGCUCCUCAUGGAUUUUGGGUUAGGCAGCCAGCAGAUCCAAAAAACAACUAAAUUUUAAUUUUAUUAAAUGUUUAUGAAUAAAUAUAAUAUGUAUUUAA